AUGGAGACUAUUGAUAUUCAAAACAAGUCUUUUGUCCUUAGGUGGGUUAAAGUAAAACGAGGCGAUGUGGUAAACUAUCAAUUGAAACCCUUGAAACGGUCAAUAUGCUUCGGAAUUUAUAAGAAGGUCAAGGAUUCCCCUGUACCAUCGGUUACAGUGGCCUCUAAGGGUUCUCCUAGCCAAAAUUGGAACUUGUCGUCUCCGAUAGAAAUGCCUCAAGUACAUAUUGAGGCAGACGAUACGAAUUUGAUGACAGAGUUUCGCAACAGAGCAUUGAGCCUCAGUUCUAGUACUCUGACUCGUGAUGACCUUGAAGAUAGUAAUGGGCUUUCACCUAGUCCUGAAUUACAGGUUAGGCUUGACCAAUCGGGGUUGUUGAAGGUUUUAUGGAACGGGAACGUCAAUGGUAACGAAUUACAUCAAGGUUCUUUGUCUGCUGAAGAUGAUACUGAGGAUUCAUAUUAUGCAUUUGUUUUAGACAAUACUUAUUCAAAAACUGCUCGGAAAAAGGUGUUAUUUAAUGCUAGUGUGAUUCACCACCCACCCUAUUAUGAUUGUGAGUCAACUUUGUCCAAAGAUGAAAAUACCCAGGAUUUCCCUUCAUGUACGAACUCUACAUCUGUAUACGGAUUACCGACUGUGAAUAAUUAUUCCCAGAGUGAAUUAUUUCGCCUCAAGCAGGGACGAAUUCUACAGGGAUAUCUCCUGAAGAAACGGCGUAAAAGGCUCCAAGGGUUUAAGAAGAGGUUCUUUAAGCUUGAUUACAAAUAUGGUACUUUAUCUUACUACAUUAAUGAGCGGAACUCGGUUUGCCGUGGGGAGAUGGUCAUUAAUCUUUCGACUGUUAGCGCUAACAAGAAAACAAGGUUGAUAGUCAUAGAUUCUGGAAUGGAAAUUUGGGCUUUGAAAGCCAGAGAAGAACAGGAAUGGUUGACGUGGAUUGAGGCUAUUCAAUCAUGCUACAAUAAACAGAAUUCGAAGAAUGCUGUUGAAAACGCAUCUCAGAAAGUAAACUUGCAAGGCCAAGCACAAGCGCUGAUGACAGAACUUCACCUGGCCCAAACGAAGUUGCAGGAAUGCAAAAAUUAUGCAAUGAGGAACAGCCAGUAUUACGAAAGAAACGGCCCCAAAAAUUCGGUUGUGCCAACUCCGUCUGAUUCUGGUAGCUCUACAUUAUCUUCGACCAAGGUUCCAUUUAUUAGAAAUAGAAAUGUAUCGGUUGCGGAAAACAGUAACGGGAAUAAUGACGCUAGAAUAGUGGCUCCUUUAGUUUCUAAUAGCACUUUAGGAAACCAUGCAUCGUCAAACAAUCUUAAUGGUCAAGCAAAUGAAAACAUGAUGUAUGAAAAAUUGACCGAAUUGGAGCACUACAUUGCAACGAUUUCCACACAAUGCCGUAUGAUCUUUACCUCACCACUCUUUGUAACUUUUACAACGGCCGAUAGACCCGACAAAAAUGCUAGUACCAAAUCUUCCGCAGCAGCAUCAGUAUUCUCUGAGGAGUUUUUUGAUGCUUUGGAUGAUGUUAACGCUGUUAUAAUGUUAGAUGAUGAAGAAGGUGUUGACACACUUGACCAAAAAUUGUUUAAUGGAUCAAUGCAGCAGAUUCUUGAUGAAGAAUAUGAAACCGAUACAUCUAGAGCUUUAGUUGGAAGCGAAUUCCAUGAUAUUCAAAGAACUCCAUCCCAUGAUAUUCAAAGAACCCCAUCCCCAGAUAAACAGUCUUCCGAUUCCAAAGGCCUUUUUCCAUUACCUAUAACAGAGACAAUAAUACGUCGUGAUGAUGUGCUCAAACCAACUACACCCCCUCCUAGUUUAUUGUCCUUUUUACGGAAGAAUGUUGGGAAGGAUUUGAACUCAAUCUCUAUGCCGAUUACCUCCAAUGAACCCAUCACUGUUUUGCAGUUAAUGGCGGAAACCUUUGAAUAUUCUGAAUUACUAACAAACGCAGCUCUAACUGAAAACCCAAUAGAUCGACUAGCGUUUGUAGCAGCUUUUGCCAUGUCUUACCUUUCCAUCCAUAGGGUAAAAGCAAGAGCUAUGAGAAAACCUUUAAACCCACUUCUUGGCGAGACUUACGAGCUAAUUCGCGAAGACAAAGGCUUUAGGUUAAUCAGUGAAAAGGUAUCCCAUAAACCGCAGGUUUUUGCCUUUCAUGUUGAACACUCUGAAUGGGAAUGUAACUAUGCUAUUUCUCCUGUUCAGAAGUUUUGGGGUAAAUCCUUAGAAUUCACUAAUGAAGGUAUCAUCCGAGUAACAAUUAAGAGCACUGGUGAGAAGUUCCAGUGGAGUCAACCUUCUAUGCUUCUUAAGAAUAUUAUUACCGGAGAACGUUAUGUGGAACCUUCAAAUCAGUUUGAGGUCACUUCUUCGGAGGGUGCUCGAGCAGUUGUUUCAUUUAAACAUAGUGGGAUGUUUAGUAGCCGGUCAGAAGAUUUGAAUAUACUCCUUUACGACAAGAAUGGCAAGCUCUGUGACAGUCUCAAGGGGCAAUGGACAAGUGGCAUUAUACAUAACAGGACUGGUGAGGUCAUUUGGAAGGUAGGUGACCUCAUUGCUGACGCACCAAAGAAGUUCGGCUUUACUAAGUUCGCAGCCAACCUUAAUGGAAUCACAAAGCUUGAAGAGGGAAACCUCCCUCCCACCGAUUGCAGAUUGAGGCCGGAUUUGCGGUUGUACGAGGCUGGUGUCAUUGAGGCAUCGGAAGAGCUAAAGCUCAAGCUAGAGAAACAACAGCGUGAGCGUAGGAACAAUGGCCUUGACUUUAGACCAUUGUAUUUCACAAAGCAUAAUGGUGAGUGGAGAUACAUCACAGGCAGUAACAGUUACUGGGAAAAGAGAAGACGACAAGAUUGGCAUGAUGCUCCACAAAUUUGGUGA